AUGUCACAAUUUGACGCAGCGCCACCUAAUACUUACGCAGGAGGUAAAGAUGACAAUCUUCGAUUCGGUGAUCUACCUGUGAACGCCAGUAACGAUGCCGAGGGCGAUUUCGACAUGGUUGCCUAUCGUCAACAGACACCACUAUGGAAAAGAGUUCAUCAGCACAGUUUAACACAAAUGAUCUUAAUCAGUAUUCAGGCGUUCUGUGGACCUGCAAUGGCUGACGCUAUAGCUGGAUUGGGAGGUGGAGGUCUUGCAAGUCCUACCACCAAUAAUAUCGCCAAUGCUGUAUCAUACGCUGCUCUUGCAGGUGUGUGUUUCCUUGGUGGACCCCUUGUCAACAAACUUGGUACCAAAUGGGCACUUCUGAUCGGAGCUCUCACUUUUCCUCUUCGAGGCGCUUCCUUCUAUACCAACAGUAAAUUCGGAAAUCAAUGGUUCCUGAUUGUCGGUUCGUUCCUCGAGGGUUUCGGUACCGGAGCUUGGUACGUGGCGGAAUCAGGUACUAUCAUGUCCAUUGCACCAAGUGGUGCUCGUGGAAAGUAUCUGGCUUUGUGGAUUGUUUCUCGUAAUCUCGGUCAGCUUAUCGGUGGUGGUAUCAACUUGGCUAAGAAUCACAUCGAAGGAGAAGAAGGGGGAGUCUCACCUGACACGUAUAUCAUUUUCCUCAUCAUCGAGUGCAUGGCUAUACCAUUCGCUUUGCUUAUCACUCCUUUGAAAGACGUUGUCAGAUCUGAUGGAACCCGAAUCAGGGUCUCCGAAAAGAUAUCUACUAAAGAAGAGUUCGGACUCAUCAGAAGAACCUGGAUGUCAAAGCUUAUUCUACUUUCCUCUCUCUGGGCCUUCUGGUCGUUCUUCUAUGGAGGAUCAUGGUCUACCUAUUUGGGCUUGUAUUUCUCUGUCCGAGCUCGAGCUCUUUCGUCGCUCAUCUCCCCGUUCCUCUGCAUUGUUGGCUGUUUCGGACUCGGUUUCAUCCUUGAUCUGAAGAGUCUAAGUCAACGUCGAAGAGCUCAACUCGGUCUUUUUGUUGUUGUCGUUCUAAAUGUUGCGACUUACGUCUGGUCAAUUGUGAUGCAAGUCAAGUUCGACAAAAACGAUCCAGGCGCUAUCGAUUGGAACGACUCUCGUUAUGCCGUUUCUUUCCUGCCCUACUUCUUCAUCCAAACCACUGGACCUCUCUCUCAAUCUUUCAUGUACUGGUUACUAUCGUCUUUCGCAACUGAUGCGCAAUCCAAUGUCCGAAAUGGAGCCGCAUUCAGGUGUAUGGAAGCCAUUGGUCAAGCUGUAGCUUAUGGCAUGAACAGCAAGACUAACGAAAGCCCUCUCGUUGGAUUCUGCGUCACAUUUGGGCUCUUGGUACUUGCACUCCCACCUUUCACCCUUCUGGUCAAUGCAACCCCAGAGCGAAUCCCAGCCGACGUUCUCGCAGAGGAAGAAGUAGCGGAACACAAACUAGAAGGACUCCCAGACAAGAAAGAUGAUACCGUCCCAAUGUCUACUCUAGCCUAG